GUGAAAUCAGAGACAUCGGAUAAUCUAAUGAAGGAGGAUUUAUCAGGAGCAGGUAUGCGUAAUAAACAAAUCGAAGAGUUGCUUGUUGAAUCCGAGCUGGAGGAUUUUUUGCCAUCAGAUGACGAAAUUUGCGACCCAGAGUACCAGCCCGGUGAUGAACCGUGCAGUUCAAGUGAGAAAUCGAGUUCCGAAGAAAGUGAUGAAAUACAGCAAGCAGUUGAAAGGCGUGGGACAAGUAGACGGGGUAGAGGUAGAGGAUGGGGGAAUUGUGGAGGUAGGGGGAGUGGAAGCGGUCUAGGAACGGAUAACGACGGCCAACUUGAAGGAGACUACGAUGUCGAACCCUCGUCAUCUUCACCCACUAGCAGCCAGAAUAACAGCAAUAACUCUAGCACACGUUUUUCCGAGUUAGUUCAGCCUGCGUACUUACCGGCUGACACUACAGGCUUCGAUAAAAUCGAUUACUUAUAUCAAUACAUCGACCACGAACUUAUAAAUCUCAUAGUGACAACUACGAAUCGAACUUAUGAAAGAAAUGGACGUAAUUUACUUUUGACUGCGGAGGAACUGUGUGUCUACUUGGGCAUAACACUUGUGAUGGCGACAAUCGACUACCCGAAUAUACGGAUGUAUUGGGAGAAAAAGUGGAGGGUAGCGGUUGUUGCUGACAAUAUGGCUCGUAAUAGAUUUUUGGCUUUAAGGAACUCCCUGAAGGCAGUUUUUGAUCCUGACAUCACGACGGAAACUAAAAAUAAAGAUAGAAUUUGGAAGAUACGCCCCUUAUUUGACCGCAUAGUCGCCGGAUGCCGUAAACAGCCGAAAGACCAAUGCCUGUCAGUCGAUGAAAUGAUCAUACGGUUUACCGGUUCGUGUUCAAUCAAACAGUUCAGUCCCGGAAAGAAUAUGGUGGGCAUAAAAGCUUUUGUAUUAGCAAAUCCGGAUGGUACUAUUUGUGACAUGCAUAUAUAUUCAGGGCAAACUACCUACGCCAAUGAGGACACUGAUUUUGGCCUACGACAAGCAGUCAUUACGCUGACAGAGUACUUGGUACCUGGUCAUGUACUAUAUUUUGACAGGUAUACUUCAGAGAAGUUACUCGAUGAAUUAGAGCAAAGAGGAAUCAGAGUGGUUAUGAAAAAUCGAAUUUCUGUAAACGCGCGUUCCUUAUUUAUUAGUGACAAAAAAAUGAAGACUGGUCGUGAAUCUUCUCAGGUAGUUCGGAAUGGUGAAAAGGGGUUUGAUUACAAACCAGUGAAUCUUGGGUCUUCUUCUGACGUGCCAGAUAGUUGCAGACGUUGGUGUGAGAAAACUAAAACGUAUGUUAAUAUUCCACGACCUACGAGAGAAUACAAUUCGAAAAUGGGCGUGAAUUUAGCGGAUCGACUGUUAUCUGUUUGUCCCUAUCGCUAUAAAACUAGAAAAUGGACACAAAGAUGCUUCGCGGCCUUAAUCGAUUUAGCCGUAUGUAAUUCCUGGCUUCAGUACAAAAAAGAUCAAUUGGCAUCCUCGGUCCCCGUAAAGAAAAUUCCACAGUUGCGAUGUUUCAAAAUGGACUUAGGAGAAAUUUUGAUACAGUCAUAUUCACAUAGUGAACCAGCUUCUGAACACGAUCAAGAACCCAAAAUAAAACGCAAAAGAGGCAGAACGGCGUUAGUGCCUGAACCAAGCAAACAAUUUCGCAACUCUGGUGCUAAACACUUGCCGUAUUUAGUCGAAAACGUGGGUCGAUGCCGCCAUUGCCACCACAAUCGAACCCAAUUCAAGUGCAGGGCGUGUAAUGUGAGCUUAUGCCUCACAAAAACGAGGAAUUGCUUUGUAGAUUUUCACGAUUCAUGAAUGAGUGAUGAAUUAUGUUAUUUUGUAACUACCUUCAAUAGAAAGUAGAGCUGAUCUCAAAGUUAUCUAAAGUUAAGUCUUAUGUUAAGUUAGGUUUUUUGUAGCUUGUUAUCAAGCAUUUUAGUGUCUAAAUAUUCGAAUUUUCUAAAAAAUAUGUUUU